UCCAGAUCUCCCUGAUGAUGAGGGCGGGGCAUCUUCUCGUGGCUCUCCUGGCCACGCUCUGCCCAUAUGCAUCAUCAUUUCGGCUGCACACUCCCGCCGGGCUCACUGCGAGGGCACCAAUGGCCCGCGGCAGCGUCCAUCGCAGCGGAAGAGUGCGGUGGGUGUCCAUGCAGGGCGCAUCGACGGCGACUGUCGUUGCGCACGACAUAUUCAUGCCGGCCCUGAGCAGCACGAUGAAUGAGGGCAAGAUCGUGCAGUGGACCAAGGAGGAGGGUGAUUUCAUCGCCAAGGGGGACAUCGUCAUGGUGGUCGAGUCGGACAAAGCCGACAUGGAAGUCGAGAGCUUCUCAGAGGUCAGCACCUCAUGACACACAUAACAUAGUGAGUGCAGCUGCAGAUCGAGAUCUUCUCCUUCUUCUUGUGUUUGCCAGGGUUAUCUUGCAAAGAAGCUCGUGGAUGCGGGCGGGACGGCCAAUGUGGGCGAGACGGUCGGCCUCAUAGCCGAAUCCAAGGACGACAUCGCGGCCGUGGCAGGCGGGCUCGGCUCCAUCCCAUCUGGCGAUGCCAACCGGCACGACGGCACCACGACCGUCCGGAUCCCCCCAUCGCCCACCGCCCCAUCGGACAGCGCCGGUGUGCCCGAGACCUUCAUGGACGAGGCCGCCAUCGCACAGAUCGGCGCGCGAGAGGUCUUCAUGCCAGCGUUGAGCAGCACGAUGACUGAGGGGAAGGUGGCCAAGUGGCUCAAAGGGGAGGGCGAUCGGGUGGAGGUGGGCGACGUGGUGAUGGUGGUCGAGUCGGACAAGGCCGACAUGGACGUCGAAAGCUUUGAAGAGGUUGGGGGGGUGUGGCACCACGCACAUGAGAGGAUUGACGUGAUUUCUGUGAUGAUUGAUGAUCGAUGGAUUCAGGGAUACCUUGCGAAGAUCCUGGUGCCUGAGGGCUCGACGGCUCGCGUGGGCGAGACCUGUGCUCUCAUCGCCGACACACAAGAGAAGAUCGACGUCGUCCGUUCAGCCGGCGUGCAGGCCAUCGCAUCAGGCUCCGGCAGCCGACACGACGGCACGACGGCCGUGUAUGACCGGUCCGAGUCGCCCGCAGCGCCCGCCACCCCUGUGCAGGCGGCCCCUGUGGUGCUCGCCCCCUCGGUGCCGACCACUGAUUUGUUCAUGCCAGCCUUGAGCAGCACCAUGACGGAGGGCAAGGUGACGCAGUGGCUCAAAAAGGUGGGUGACAAGGUGAAUGUGGGCGAGAUGGUCAUGGUGGUCGAGUCGGACAAGGCCGACAUGGAAGUCGAGAGCUUUGAAGAGGUCGGGGGGCCAAUAACAUGUCACGGCCAGGCAUUCCUGGAAUAUUUCGUUCGUUGAUGUCAUUCGUUGUGUGUCGUUUGGUCGUUCAGGGGUAUAUUGCCAAGGUGCUGGUCGACGCGGGCGAUGUGGCCAAUGUGGGUGACCCAGUGGCACUGCUUGUCCAGUCGCCAGAAGACAUCGACAAAGUCACAGCCGCUCCCAGGACCGGUGCACAGCCGGCCGUCCCACCCCCUGCUGCGCCCGCGGCAGCCGCAGCAACAGCAGCCGCAGCGGCCGGCCUCCCCGCCCCCUCCCGCCCCGUCAUCUCUUUCGCAGCAGUCGACACGGGCAAGUACGCCAACGGCUUUGUGCCACCAACGUCUCUCGACCAGGAUGUGAGGGCGCAGCUGCCCCCAGGGUAUGACCCCGACACGGUGGCGGCGGUCUAUCUCGACCAGCUCAGGUCAACGGCGCAGGGCCGGGCCUUCCUGGAGGACCUUGACUCGACCCCCAGGGGCCAGAAGGAGCUGCAGCUGAUGCUGGAGCGGGUCAAGAUCAGGGCGCCGCCACUGGGGGCACUGGUGCCACCAGAUCAGGCCAUUUCGGGCAGUCUCUUCCGCGAGAGCCCCCACGUCCGGGAUCUGGCCGACAAGGCCGGCAUCGACCUGUCGACGGUCAGCGGCUCAGGUCCGGGCGGCAGGAUCCUCCCGCAAGACAUCGCUGAGGCGGCAUCGGGGAAGCGUGAGCACUGGGGCAAGGAUGAGUACUACCAGCAGAAAAAGGCAGUAUGGACGCCCGCUGAGGGUGUGGUGGCGGCCACACCGAUGGCACGGCGGCUGGCCAAGGAGAAGGGCGUCGAUCUGUCGAGCGUCAGAGGCACGGGCAACUUCGGCAGAGUGACUGGCGACGACGUCAGGAGGGCUCUCGGCAUGCCAGUGGAGAAGGAGGAGCCAAGGCCAGCAGCGCCCCCCUCCAAACCAGCACCACCAGCACCAGCCGGCAGGCCAUCAGCAGCCAAGGAGACGGCUCCCGUGAAGCCGAUGGCGGCUGGUUUGGCGGCCAUGGAUGGCAUGCAGAAGGCCGUGGCGCGCAACAUGGAGGCGACGGUGUCUGUGCCGGUCUUCCGGGUGUCGAGGGCGAUCGUCACGGAUGCCUUCGAUCAGCUGUACAAGGUGACGUGACUGAUGACGGCUGCAGCAGACAAGAGAUAAAUACAUGUCUGUCUGUCUCUGCGCGUUGCGCGUGUGUGUGUCUGGUCCAGGAUGUGAAGGAGAAGGGCGUGACGGUGUCUGCAUUGCUCGCCAAGGCUGUCGCCCUCACACUCGAGAAGGUGAGGAAGGAAGUCAACACACAUCCACACACACAUUACAUCAAUACACACGUAUUUCGUGUGCAGCAUCCCAUCUUGAACGCCGCAUAUGACGUUGCCAAUGGCGGCAGCAUCAGGUGGGCCGCACCAACCACAGAGACACACACGAAAAGGCGAGAAAGGUACGCAGGAAUCUCUUUUGUUGGUGCACACUUGCAGGCAUCCUGGUGAGGUGAAUGUGGCGAUGGCUGUGGCUCUCGAUGGCGGCCUCCUCACCCCCGUGCUCAAGCAGGCCAACGCGGUCGACAUAUUCCAGCUGUCAAGAGACUGGAAGGUGACACACGAGACACGCAGACAUACAUCCAAUCAGGACGACCCAAUUUGUGAUGCUUGUCUGUGUGUGCUGCAGGAGUUGGUCAACAAGGCCCGCGACAAGAAGCUCGGUGCGGCAGAGAUGAGCACCGGCACCUUCUACAUCUCAAACCUGGGCAUGAUGGGCGUCAACCAGGUGGGUGCGCUGCACUCGCAAGCUCUGCCGCACCAGUGGCUGUCUAUGUCCUGAUGUUGGUUCGCGUGUCGUGAUGAUCAGAUGGACCCCAUUUUGCCCCCGGGUGUGGGCGCCAUCAUGGGUGUCGGCGCCGCAAUACCAAGGGUCACUGUGCAGGUGAGUGUGCGGACACGACCCGCAUCGUGUACCAUCUCUGUCGGUGUGAAUGAAUGUGUGUUGUGUUGGUUUGGUUUGGUUUGGUUGUUGGCAGGGUAAUGGCUUCAUCGGGGUGCAGAAGGAGAUGACAGUGACGCUCACAUGCGACCACAGGCACAUCUAUGGCGCAGAUGCAGCCGCAUUCCUACAGGUGACAGACAGACAGCACACUCACCGAACAACCGAUUGACGGGCCGACUAAUACGCACUUAUUUCUCUGCCUGCCUGCCUGCCUGCCUGCCUGUGUGUUGUUGACUGACUGACACGCAGGACCUGGCCCAUUUAAUGGAGAACGAUCCACAGAGGCUCCUGAUGGGGUGAUAGAUGAUGCAAGAAUGGGCGGUGACUGUCUGUUGACGUACCAAUGAGCGUUGUCUGCGAACGAAGCGCUUUCUCGCCGGCCAGGAGAGGCUGAUGGGGUUUUUUGAAAUGAUUUGCAAUUGGCCGAACAUGAUGAUCGCAUCGUUACUUACUGCAUGCACUCAUACACUUGUGCGUUUGUGCCGUGUCUUGUUGUUGUGUGAUUGCUGUGAUGGAUUUUGACGAUGAGACUGCGUAUGUGCGUGGUGAUGGGUGAUCAAUCAACAUCAUGUACAGA